UUUUACUUUAGGUUAGUUUACUCCUCUUGUCUCGAGCGACGCGGGCAUCAACAACAUUAUUAAUCUAUUAAAUAAGUAGAAAGUAAAUGAUAAAUAGUGGUUGUUUUAACGAUAUUACACGCGUCCGGUACGUAGUGAGCAAAGCCAGUGAUUUAAACAACCUUGAAGAGGGGCAAACGCCCGCACCGAAUCUGAAAAUGGAGUUCGCGACUAGCCUCCAUGAAUUUUGUUUUCAUUGCAGUGCCUGUGAUACCAAAAGCUUAUUAAAUUUGCUCAAGUCUUGUUCGAAAUGAGAUUUCUCAUUAAGGUGCACCUUUUGCUACUAGUUUCGAAGUAUUUUUAAAAUAUGAACUUGAAAGUGAGGUUAUGAAGAAUUUUCUCAGUCCCGUUGCCGACAGGAAGUUUGCGCAGUCUGAUUUCUCUUAUAAUACCAGUUAGAUGUAUUGAACUUUUUAUAUCAAGAAUUUUCUGCAUAGUAUGAAAAAGUUUCUUUUGAGUUAAUCGAGAAAAUAUAUUACACUCAAAAUGAUUGAUGCUUAUCAAGAUUUAUUGUCUUCUGACAAUGCUCUGAUGGAGGACUCCAAAGAUGUGCUUCAGCGAAGCAGAAGGGAAGCAAAAAGAAAAUUUUGCUACGACGAUUCAUACGAAAGUUCCCUUGCCUGCGACAAAGAAGAUUUUAAUCACAUUACACUUCAACUUCAGGAAGCUAAUUCAUUUUUCGGUAUGACGAAUAUCAGUAGGCCGUUCACUUUGGUAAAACGCGAACUUAUAGUGAAAGAAGAACUCGAGGAGGUUGAGAAUUAUCGAGAGCUCACAAAAUUAGAUUUCAAAUAUGAGCCUCGUAGGGAUGUGGAAGUAGAAUUUAAAUAUGUGAAUUCCGACUUUCACGAAUCGCAAAUCGAAAAUUCUCUGUCAUCGAAUUCUUUGGAAAGUUACCCCACUUUGGUUAAGAACGAAUUUAUUAAAGAAGAGCCCCAGGAGUUUGAAAAUUAUCGAGAGUUGACCAAAUUAGAUUUUAAAUAUGAGCCUCGUGUGGACGUGCAGCACAUUAAGUACGAAACGGAUACGAACUUCUAUGCAUCCCAGGUUGAAAACUCUCUGUCGUCGAAUUCUUUGGAAACCUUCCAGGGGCUUGGCCACUACGGACACCAUCCGGACCCUGGCGAAGUGGAUCUGCCUCCGGAGACACAGCCAACACCACCUAGUGCUACUCUCGUCGGCACCACCAUCACACAUCUCAGGGACUCGGACCAUCAAUCUACAGAAAUUCAAAAUUGCGACAGCGUGAAGAUAAAAUUCGAGACCUUACACACAAUGGACUCCUCGGAUACAAUAGACAUCGACAGCCACAUGUCGGACCGAGCGAGUGUGAGUUCCAAAACGGCAGGCGACAACGACAACAUGAUGAUGAUAACACCUGAACUUCUUGGUCUGAUGCCAUCCGGAAAUUCCAUCCAUUCGGAUUCUGGUGAGAAUAACUCCAGGGGUCAUUCUGGCCAAUCCGGGUCGCAUCACCACGGCUCGAAGUCCUGGACUCAAGAAGAUAUGGACGCAGCUUUGGACGCCUUGAGAAAUCAUGACAUGAGUCUGACCAAAGCAUCUGCAACAUUUGGAAUACCCUCGACGACUCUCUGGCAAAGAGCGCAUCGUUUAGGAAUCGACACGCCGAAGAAAGACGGACCAACAAAAUCGUGGAGCGACGAGAGUCUCAAUAACGCUCUUGAAGCAUUGAGGACCGGAACAAUAUCUGCAAAUAAGGCAUCCAAGGCCUUUGGAAUCCCUUCCAGUACCCUGUACAAAAUUGCUAGGCGAGAAGGAAUCAGACUUGCAGCUCCGUUUAAUGCAAGCCCUACAACUUGGUCGCCAGCUGAUCUCGACAGGGCUCUGGAGGCAAUUAGGUCUGGCCAAACAUCGGUCCAGAGAGCGUCGACGGAGUUUGGAAUACCAACUGGAACGUUGUAUGGAAGGUGCAAAAGGGAAGGAAUUGAACUGAGUAGGAGUAAUCCUACUCCGUGGAGCGAGGAUGCUAUGACGGAAGCUCUUGAGGCUGUUAGAUUGGGACACAUGAGUAUAAACCAAGCUGCUAUUCACUACAACUUACCGUACUCAUCGCUGUACGGGCGUUUCAAAAGAGGAAAAUACGAAGAGCCAGUAGUCAAUGAAAUGUCGCAGGAUGGUAGCAGUCCCCAUUAUCACCAUCAAAGUCCGAGUCAAAAUCACUCCUCUUCCCUUCCCGAUCAAAUGCCUUAUCAGGGCAGCUGAAAUUUACCCCUUUACUAGAUUAUUUAUAGCCUAGUUUAACUCAAGUUUCGAAUUCAUUGUUGAGAGUUCGACAUUUACUCAUCGCUAGAGUUGACAGAAAGAAAGAAAGAAAGAAAGAAAGAGGGAGAGAGAGAGAGAGAGAGGAACGAUCAAUUGCGCACUAGAAUCAAAGAAGCAUUGAUAAAAAACGGAUGAUCUUGCAGUAUUAUAAGAGAACCAAGAAAAUCGCACAUUAUGUACAUUCUAUCAUUUUCAUUUCGGGUCAUUUUGGAGCCAUAGAGUAAAUCUUAAACUUAAGAGAUAUUUAUUAAGAACAACUGUACAGGCUCCCAUAAGACUUUAUUAUAAGUUUUUCAGCCAAACUUCGGUAAAGUCGCAUUAGUUUCAGACAUGGAAGAGUGAAUUUUCGAGAAAAAUGAUAAUUUUCUGUUGCAACAGGAAAUUCCACAUAGAAGUAUUAUAUAAAAUUGUCCGUCGGGUAGACACUGUUUUUGUGAUUUAAUUUUUCGUUGAUCCACAACAAUAUCGUUUCAUUGAUCUCUUUACUGAAGUGAAUUUUUUAAUUAAUAAUACUCUUCUCAAACUUUAAGUCAUACGUAAUUAUAAAAUGACGAAUAAUUUCAAACAAAAAUUGAUACGUAAAGGAACCAAGUGACCAUUAGGAUAAGACGCGACAGUGUAUCCUUUCACCAUGAGUAUUAAUAUUGGGAUUUUCGAAAGAUGUACGUAGAUUGUCCACGUGUUCUUUGUUUCUAAACGAAUAGUUCCUUUUUUUUAAGUAUUCUAUAUUGGUCAAUUAGGCUUAAGGAAAGACGAAGCAUUGGCUUUCAUGAAAAAAAGAAUAAGUGGUCGGAUUUUGUCAAAGCUGAGAUUAAAUCUAGGUGUAAAAAAUUGUUUUUCUGUGACAAUUCUGACCAAUAAUAUCACAUAGAUCAGAAGAAUAUUCACGAGAGCUCAAUUUUUAGUUUGGCGGUAUUGGGAGAAGAAAACAUAGCUUUUUUCGUGUGAUUGAAAAAUUUUAGUUAGAUUUUAGUGAGAGCGACGAACGAAAUAUAUAUUUGAUAUAUGUAUUGCAUUUACUUAAUUCACUAUUGCUUCUUAUGCUGUGAAAUUUUAUAGCAAGUUUUGUUUGUAUAUAUUUAGGAGGUUUUAUAUAAAUAUAUCGUUUUUUUAGAACUGCAUAUUCUCCUUAUUGAAUUAGCUUUCAUCUUCUAAUUUAAAAAGUUUGACAAUUCUGGCAUUGAAAUGCCAGUUGAUGAAUGAUUUCAAGAACGGCAAAUCAUUAAAAAAAAUUUCAACAUUUGUUAUAUGUUUUUUGUUAAUAAACAGUGUACUUUUGCUUUGUUACACUCAUGUAAAUAGAGUGUUAAAUUGCAUAAACAGGGGAACGAAAGCUGAAUUUUUCCAUUUCUAAUUAUAAGAACACGUGAAACAAUCGCGAGUGAACUCGUAGAUUUUUGCUUAGCAUUUUAAGGAAGCUCGAGAUUCCCCUGAAAUAUUUAAAACUUCGUCUUGUCACGAAAAAUGUAGACUUUGAAAAUAGCCAACUUCUUGAGAGUCUCAGAUUUCUGGAAAAAUGAGCUGUAUUUCUUCAUUCAUUCAUGGUGGACGAUGUACUAGAGCCUUAUCAUAUAAAAUUAUAAUGUCUAAUUUUUAAAGUAUAUUUGAUGCGACGUAUUUAGCAAAAAAUUUGAUGAUAAUUAAUUCCUAAAUACAAAGUAACUUGCGUUGAACACAUGUUGAGAAGUAAGUGUAGUACCGGUAAUCAAAAUUGAAGUCUACAAAAAAAAAACGUGUCCAAUUUUUUCUAAGUGAUAUGACAGAAAACAAAAAGGGUUUAGUUCGCGCAUGGACAAUAGAAAGGCGAGUAUUUCUGUUUAAAACCCGAAAGCUUUACAAUAAAAUGAUAAUUAUUAUUACGUGAAUGAACAGUUUUGUUUUAUUGUUCAUUGUAGAAUGGACUGAGUAGGGUACGAUAAUUAAUAAGUGAUUGUUUUGAAUGUAGAUAACUGGGCCGAUGAGCAUCGCGACUAAUCUGAAAGAUUUGGUCAGUUUUGAAAGAAAAACUGAAAGUUUUUCGUUGCUCAACUGCCACGCGCAUAAAUACGUCAUGCACACUAUUAAUUUAUCACGCCGAUAGCUGCUAUCAUAAAAAGUAUAUAAAGUAUAUAUACAUAUUACCUAUAAAUAUAUGUACAGUUUAUAUAUUUUAAAUUAAAAAUUAAUGCAACUG